CCGGCUGUGCGCUCUGCAGUUCUGGUGUGCUGGAUCUUCUUCUCUCCUCUUUAUCUCUCCACUGAAGGAUGCUCAGUUAUUUCCACGAUCAGGAAUAUUACUACUACAACUACCAAUACUCUUGCUGCUGCUGUCCACUUCUCUGCUCCAGCCAUAUCGCAGCCUGAGGUGCCCCGGUCCCCUAAAGGGAAGACGAAGCAUGAGAGAGGCACCCGCGUUGCACAUGGAAAUGAGCUGUCUGCUGCUGGUUCUGCUGGACUACAGCCUCUAAACCAGACUUGAGAUUAUCCAUAAAUCACAGAAAGGCUCUGAAGAAAUUGGGGAUCCUCAGAGUUCCUUUCGGAUGAGCCAAAGAUUCCUGUAUCACUGUAUAUCGAGGAGCACCAGCUGCUUAACCAGCUCUAUGGUUUUCUGACUUGUCCAAGACUGUGAUUUUGGCAUCUGACUGAGAGGUGAUUAGAGAAAUCCCCCGGACCCUGUCAGAAACUCCGAAUCAGCACACUCAUACACUGAGAUGACCCAAGAACAGUGCACUCAUAGGAACAAUGUCCAGAGUUCAGAGAAACCCCAAGUGUACAAAGUGGGAAUAUACGGCUGGAGGAAACGCUGCCUUUACUUCUUCGUCCUGCUGCUGAUGAUCUUGAUCCUGAUCAACUUGGCACUAACUAUCUGGAUCCUCAAGGUCAUGAACUUCACCAUAGACGGCAUGGGCAAACUGAGAAUAACAGAGAAGGGCCUGAAACUGGAAGGGGACUCUGAGUUCCUACAACCCCUCUAUGCCAAAGAAAUCCAAUCCAAACCAGGUCGCCCGCUGUUCCUGCAGUCGUCCAGAAACGUGUCGGUCAAUAUUGUCAACAGCAACAACCAGCUGCUCACACAACUUGUAACAGGAUCCACUGGAUUUAAAGCACGAGGCAAGAUGUUUGAAGUCAAAUCCACCACUGGGAAGCUCCUCUUCUCCGCCGACGAGCAGGAGGUGGUGGUGGGCGCGGAGAGGCUCCGAGUGAUGGGCGCCGAAGGAGCCGUGUUCAGCAAAUCGUUGGAGACGCCACACGUCAGGGCCGAGCCUUUCAAAGAGCUAAGGCUGGAGUCUCCCACCCGCUCCCUGCUGAUGGAGGCUCCGAAAGGCAUCCAGAUCCUGGCUGAGGCCGGAGACAUCCAGGCCAUCUGCAGGAACGAGCUGCGACUGGAGUCCAAAGACGGAGAGAUCUCUCUGGAUGCUCGGAGGAUUCGCCUGAUGCGGCUGCCUGAAGGGAAGGCCUCCACCAGCUCCUCGUCCUCCGGGAACCGGCAGACUGUCUACGAGGUUUGCGUUUGUCCCAACGGGAGGCUUUUCCUGUCCCAGGCCGGCACCGGAUCCACCUGCCAGAUCAGCAACAAUGUCUGCCUCUAGGACUGAUACAUACAAAUAUAAAUAAAUACACAGGUAUCCUGAAAUAAAGACGGGCAAAGACAGACAGAUGUACACAUAUCGCCUGCCUCCAGGACUGACAGCAAACACCGACACAACAUACAAAGACUGCCAGAGCUGAUGGAAAUAUAAACAAUCAAAGAUACUGUAACUAUACACACUGGUGUACACAUUUUACAAUCACAAACAAUCUGAUAUUUAGGCUCAACCGAUAUGUUUCAACAGGCCAAUAAUGAAAAUUUUGGAUUGAAGCUUCUGACAGCUGAUCUUUUGUGCCAAUAUUUCAAUGCUAAAAGAUAUUUUCUCCCCUAAUUUUAUACGUUUCUGAGUGGAAAAGCCUUUGAAAUCAGCAUUUAAAGCAUCACGGGACAAUAAAACUCUCCAACUGAGUGUCAUACACAUCUCUCUAAGCUCUUUAUACAUACAGCACGAGUAAUAUGGCUUUUAAACUGAAUUACAUGAAUAAAAGCAAAAUGUGUUUCAUUGCAGGUUUUAACAACUUUUUAAUACAACUGAGGUCAUAAAGAAAGCUCCAUCUUGUUGGAUAUAUAGGACACUGUCUGCUGAUAUGAAUAAUAUUUAAUAAAAGGACAGUAUUGGUAAUAUAUCGGUCUGACCCUACCACUCAAACAUGACACUGCUAUGUAUUUAUAGCUUACACACAUGAGGAUGCACACACUAGCUUACAGAAUACACAGUAUACAUAUUUUAACAUGGUGUACUCACACACACACACACACACACACUCACACUAGGAGGAGCCUCCCUUUUCUCUCAAGAGCAUUUCAGUACAAGAAUCGCUAGGGUGAUCACCCAUGGCAACAGGCCACACCCCCCCGCCUCCAUUUUUCUUCUUCUUUUUCCUAAUUUCUAAUUUGUCCUCCGUGGUUACAACAUAAAUAAAAGAUUUAUACUUUUCCAUGUUGUUCAGGGGGCCCUUUAAAGCCCCAUCGGCAUGCGAGAAGCACUUAAUGACAGCUAUUCCUAAAACAAAUAGUUUCAGGAUGUAAGAUGGUGUAAUGCCGUGGUUCUCAACCCAAAGGGGCCUCGAGAUCAUUUCAACAUGCCAGAUGGUUUUUGAGAGCAAAAUAAAAAAGCAUAUUAAAAAAUAAAAUAACAUAUUUUAGACUUGGGAAUGUUUUUUACUGCACCAGGGAUAUCAUUUGCCUUUAAGAAUAGAUUUCAUUUAAUGUGUUUGUGAGAGGCAAAACGUGCAUGCACAUCAGUUUCCGACGGGUCAGGGGAAGAUAAAAAGUCACGAGUAAAGAUAAUCAGCAGUGACAUUGGACGACGCCGAGCUGCUGACUGUUCAAAGUAAACAAACACUAAAGUGUUUAUUCUUUGGGGCGGGUGGAACCCGAAAAGGUCGAGAACCACUGGUAAUGAACAUGAGGACUUGGCAUGGAUGUAUUAUGAGAACUGGAUAAUGGAUACUCAAAGUCACUUGCACGGCCAAGCAAAAAAAGCUUUCAAGCCCACUUUCACUGGGAUGAUGUCAUUUAUGUUUAAAUUACUUUUCUAGACUCUGGGGCAAAUUUGCAGCAAGGCUGAUAUCCAGCUCCCUUAAUACAUCAGCAGGACUUGGAUAUGUUCUAAGGUAUCCAUUUCAGUCAAAACGAGAUCAAGGAGUGUGUAUGUAUUAAGUGCUGUUAGUGUGCCUAUGUGACGAUACAUAAACCAGUUUUGGGAUUUGUGAAGAAGAAGAAGUUGAUGCUUAAGAGAGAUAUAGGGAACAUGUGGGGGCAGAUGCAAAGUAUUUCUUCAUUGAGGCUCUAAAUCAACAUUAUUAUUGAAUUAGCCAACAAAAUAUUCAGCCCAUUUGAUCUUUGUUACAAUCUGUCCAAAGUGUAUCAUGACAAGCUAUGACUCAUGAGCCAUGUUCACGUCACGUCACACUCAUCCAACUGGGAAUACAAACCUUCAAACUAGCUUCCCAGUGCUAACAACACUUAAUUCAUGCAACAACUAUCUUGCUAAUGUGAGUUUUUACACGUCAGGCACCUGAUUGUUUGGAUGUUGUAGCGAAGAGAUGUGAUAUGAUGUGAACAUGGUGAAAGUGCUGCAACACAAACCUCAUCCAGUGGUUUGUUUGUUUUGUUUUUGAUUUAGUCUUUUGAUUUUAAACUGAAUAGAAAGCUGUUUUAAUUUCACAUAAUAACUGUGUUCUUGUUUUGCCUGCAUAAAUUCUGUUCAUGUUUCUUCCUCAACAACUCAACAUCCUGUUAUAACACAGAACAUAUGCCAGAAAAUGUCCAAUGUCAGCUGUUCGAUCCUCGGCGUUGGUGGUCACCCUACUUGUUUCUUGCACUGGGAUAUAUAAAAAAAAAAAAAAAGGAGCCACUCUGUUGAAAGAGGGGAACUGUGCCUGUGCCUUAUGUCGAUG